GCUAAACUAAUCACCGCGCAACAUGAAUAUUAUUCAUGAUUCGUUGGAAUUUGUUUCUCUUAACAAAUAUUUUGGAUGUUAAAUACAGGUCAAUAAAUUAUUUUUAUAACUUUUUGAAUACAGAAGAGAUUUUAUCUUAUCUGAAUAAACAUGUGCGCAUGCAUAGUGGGAGUGUUAAACUGCUGCAUAACAGUAAAGCCCAAAAACUGAUAAGAGAAAGGAAGAAAGCGAAGAUUAAAGCAAACCUGAAAGAUUCAAGAUAUGAUAUAGUGAGGCAAUGUGUCAAAGAAGCCGGUUUCACAGUUGUGGAAAGCGAUGAUCUUAAUGAUGCGUAAGAUGUGAGGUAAAUGCAUUGCAAAAUUAAGGUACUUGAUAUGGAGUGAUAAUUUCCUGCCGCUGGAAAAGCUGAUGUCCUUAAAGCCAUACCAAAGAGUGAAUCAUUUUCCAGGAAUGAUCGAGAUAUGUCGAAAGGAUUUUCUUGCUAAAAACUUUGCAAAAAUGCAAAAAGUUGAACCAAAUGAAUAUAAUUUUAUGCCGAAUACCUGGGUUCUACCACAAGAAUAUGGUUAUUUUCAAAGUUAUGCUAAAAAGUUAUACAGGCAAGGAGCAAAUACUUGUUUCAUUCAAAAACCAGCCAAUGGUGCAAUGGGACAUGGAAUUCGUCUGUAUCGUAACGCAAAUCAAGUUCCUUCAAAUAUCAAUGAUAAUAUAACAUGUGUUAUACAAGAGUAUAUUGACAGUCCUUUACUUAUUGAUGGAUAUAAAUGUGAUUUAAGAGUUUAUGUCUUGAUUACAUCAUGUGAUCCAUUAAGAAUAUUUAUGUAUAAUGAUGGUUUAGUACGAUUAGGCGCUGAGAAAUAUGUUAAACCCAAUGAACCGGAUGGUGAUUCAGUUUAUCGCCAUUUAACCAAUUAUGCUGUAAAUAAACAUCAUGCUGAAUAUAAUCGAUCAGCUGAUGAAAUGUCUGGCAGUAAACGUUCAUUUACAUUUUUCAACAAUUAUAUACGUGAUGUGAAACAGUGCAAUCCAUUGGAUAUAUGGCAAAAAAUACGUGAUCUAAUUGUUAAGACAAUAGCUAUCGCUUUGCCUCAUCUAUUGCAUUCUUAUCGUAUGUGUCGGUAUAAAUCAAAUCAUUUCUCCAAUACAAAAUUACCAAAGGAUUAUUUAAACAAACAGACAGGCAUUAAUAAUGUCAAUGAAAAGUGUUCAAUGUCCAAUGAGUUGAAUAAUGAGUUGAAAUCAAACUUGUCUAAUGUGAAACAGCAGCAACACCACCACCAACAACAACGAAUAAACAAUAAGGAUAGUAGUCAACAUCUAGGCGCAAAUGUAGAACAGUCGACAAAGGCAUCAAAAAGAUAUAGAGAUUCGAAUGAAUAUCUCUCAACAUCAUUUAUUCGUUCAAAUUUAUUCGAAAUUCUAGGCUUUGAUAUUUUGUUAGAUAAAAAUUUAAAUCCAUGGUUGAUUGAGGUGAAUCGUUCACCGAGUUUUAACAGUGACCAGGAAUUGGAUAAACGAGUUAAGCAUGGCCUACUGACGGAUACAUUCCGUUUAUUAAAUAUUAGACCAUCAGAUAAAUCUCGUACAGAGAGACAACAGAAAUUAUCGACAAUAAAACGUUUAUGCAAUCAAUCUACACCAACAACAACAACAAAAAAUCGAUUGAUGAUGAGUAAAGCUCAUAAUGAGGGUAUCCAUAAUAUUCUUAAAGCAUCAUUACCUCAAACGGAAAAUUCAAAAAAUUCUCAACUACCAUUUCCAAAUCAUACAAAAAGUAAUUUUGUCAGGUCAGUUAUUGGUCAGUUUCAAUUGGAGGAGACAAAAUUCAGUUGGAAAAUCAAUUGUUUACGUCAACAAUUACUUUCAAUACGUCAACAAUUAGCCUUAGAAUUCUAUGAACAUCAUAAUAGUGGGAAUUGGCGUCGUAUCUUUCCAACUGAUGAUCCAGCAUUGCAAAAGAAAUAUGCAUCAAUGAUUAUUUCAAAUUUUGGACAAUUUCUUCAUCGUAACAGAGGUGAUCUGUUGGAUGAAAUAAAGACAACCUAUCUAAAUCCAGUUACAGAAGAUGAUAUUUUUAACAAAUUAUCAAAAUUAAUGAAAAGUGAAUUAAAGUCGAAACCAGGAAUAAAUACUGAAGAACAGUUAACUGAAAUCUGGUCACAAUGCAUCGAUAAUUACCCUAUCAGUGAUAAUGAUAUUGAUGAUGUUGAUGACCCGAUAGCAUUCGAUGAUGACAUUGACAUGAAAAAUACUGAUAGUGAUGACUUUUAUUCAUUUGCAAAAAAGAAAGAGGCAGUCAAUAACAUAAAUCAGAAUAAGAUCAUGCUGAUGGAUCAUUUAAAAAACAGGCCGAUCAUCUCUUUGUCAUCACCAUCAUCAUCCUCCUCUCGUAUGAUGAUGAUGAUGAGGAAUACAGCCAUAUCAAAGAGAGGCAUACCAGAUUAUUUAUACACUUAUAUACCUAAAAAUAAUAAACACAAAUCCACCUCUUCAUCAACAUUAUCGUCUAUUCAAUUGUUCAAUGAAAAGUAUAAGCCUAUCAUUGAUGAACAAAUCAAGUUAUCAUUCGGUAGAAGGUAUAAAUCGUGUGAAUUUCAUGCGUUAAAUAAUCAAAUCAAAUCAAAAUGUAAUAAAAGACAAUUCACAAAGAAAAUCACUUCAUCUUCUAAGAUUACUUCUAACAGGAAUAAUAAUUGCCCGCUUAAUGUUUAUUCAUCUUCAUUGGAGCAUUUAAACAACAAUUGGGAUGUUCAAUAUUCAAUGGGUAAAUGUUCGUCAUCACAUCGUAAUAAUAAUAAUAAUAACAAUUCAGAUGAAGAAAAAUCGAUCGAUUUAGAAUCACCAGUAAAUGUAAAAUUGGGAAAGAAUGAAGUGAACAUUUUAUUAGAUUUCGACAAAAAUGAUAAAGAAUUACAAAAUUUUAAAAUAACAACCUCAUAUCAUUCAAACAAGCUGUUCAGUGAUCAUCUAUGCUAAAACGUAAAUGUUCUCUGCCAAUAAUUCAUUGGGAUUGUUGUACAUUGAACAAUUUGCUACCGCCAUCAUUCCGUGAUACAUUAAAACAAACAACACGUCAAAAGCUAGUUCAAUGUUUACAGCAUUUUGAAGAGAUGAUACAAAAUCAAAUGAAUUUAAGUCAUUAUUAUUCAUGUAUAAAUAUUUUCGCUAAUGAAAUGAUGGUGAUGUUACCAAAUAAUAAUGUUGAGGAAUUAAAUUUAAAAGUAUUAUCAUUAUUUGAUAAAGGAGAUCUAUUACAAUUUUUCAAUGUUCAAUGUGAUAAUGAAAGACGAAAUAUUAUCAUACAUCAAAAUGAUGAAUUAAUCAAUUCAACAAUAUUAGCCUGUUUCCAUUCAUUGAAUCUAGUACAAAUUGAAAUACAACUAGAAGAAAAAGAACAAGACGAUAAUUCAUUGAAUGAAAAAAAGAUUGUCACAUUAUUCACUGAAAACUUAAUGAAUAAAUUUGUACAAGGUUUACGCAUAACACGUUUACUGAAUAGGAUCAAAUGUCGUCUUCUCAUGGGUCAUGGUCACUUAUUGCGUAAUAUAAUCCAAAUGAUAACAAAUUUGGCUACAAUAAAUGAAACAAUAAUGGAGAUACCAAUUGAACGCUUCAUCGUUGAACCACUUCUAAACGUUGAAGAAUUAUGCUGUAGACAUUUUCUCAGACUUUCUAUAGAAUCUUUCAUUUUACAUUAUUUUAAGCAUUUAGAAAGUAUUAGACCAUUCAAUGAUAACAGUGAUGAUGGUGAUGUUAUACACCUGAAUUAGUUUUAAUGAAGAGAAAACACGGCAUGAAUUCUUAAAAUUGUGUUUCUUUAUUCUUUAAAUUAUAUAAAGCGUUUUUACCAUGUGAAAACAUAAUUGAGUCACAACUGUCCAUGCUUGGUAUAUUAUCACUAUUAUUUCCUUGGGUUCCGGGUGGAAAACUGGGCUUCAGCAAUACAUCUACACUGCAGUCCUCUUCAGCUGACCAAAUCCACGAUUGCCCAUAAUCUCUCAUCUCCUCCUCCAUGUCAUCUUCGCACCAACGACCCACUCGUCGUUUGCCAUUGGGAUCCCACUUGAGCUCUAGCCUGCACUGUGCGCAGUGUCAUUCGACCGUCUCCUCAGUGUAUACUCGAUCCAUUGCCAUUUUCUUCUACAUAUUUGUUGAACGAUAG